GCAGAAUCAGAAUCAGAACCAUAAUCAGAGGGAGAGGCAGCAGCCAGGCAGAUAAACGAUUAUUGUUUGGAGAUUACAGGCACAUUGAUUGCUUACAACGUUCCAGAAAACAUAACAUCGAAUAACAAUAUUUGAAUUAGUGGAAGCAGAGUACAAGAAGCACUUGGUUGAAGCAAACUAAAAAUAAUUUUGAAGCCAAAGAAAUGUUAAAAAUAAAACCAAAAGAAAUCAACGAAUUUUCGGUGGCACCAGCAGUAGCAGCAGAAGCGGCAAGAACAAGAACCGAGCAGGGCGGCCCCCGCAUCAGCCGCGGCAGCAAAAAAUGAACAAAAUUAAAAAGCAGCCGCUUGGAGCUAGAAAAAAACCCAAUCAACGAGCAGCAGCAGCAACAGCAACAGUGGCAUCAACUACAAAUACAAAAACAGAAGCCGCACAGUAAAUAGCCAGGCGCCCAAUCCAAUCCAAUCCAGCCAGCCAGCCAGCCUCCAUCAUCAGCAGCGGCCAAAAGCAACAGCAGCAGCAGCAGCAGCAGCAGCGACAACGAGGCCAUUAGCCAGUGAGUGGGCGGCUUUGGCUGGCAAGGACAGCCACGUUGGACGUUGACGUCGGCGACGACACCGACGACUGCUACUGCGACUGGGACUGCGACGACGUUGUCGUGGCCAACACAGUCCGGGGUCCGGGCCACUUUCGCGAAUCAAUUUCCGUUGCGGUGGCCGUUUCAGUUUUGGUUUCAACGUCGCCGGCGCUACGCGUGUCGUGAAUUUCAAAUGGCGGUCGCUCUCCCUGUCCCUGUGGUCGUUGUCGGUGCUCCUGCAGGUGUUCGCGUAGGUGUUGCCUGCCCAGCGAAUUAACGUGAAACGCGCCAGAGUCCGACCCCCGCAGGCCUCAGGCCAAGUGCUAAAAAGUUAAGCAAAAUCCCGAAAGAAAACAAAGUGUCAGAGUAACCAAGUUACAAGUUGUGGCCACCUAACCAACCAAAGAAGAGAAAAACCAAUAAGCCCCAAGAAAAGUCAUCAAAAUAGACUCAAGCUCAGGCUCCACUCCGACCCAGAUCCCGACUCAUGUUGUUGUGCCCCGAUCUUGGCGAGCUGUCGACGGCAGCAGCCUCCGUCAACAUGCCGCGGCAGAGGCAUCGCACCAGUGCCACAAGGAUACGCAAGAGACGCUGCUGCUGUGGCAGCCAGCCAGCGCAGGAGGAGCCACAGCCACAGACACAGCCACAGCCACAGCGAAGCACAACGAUUCCCCAGGGCAAUAGUCCAGGCUGGAGCCUGGCUAGAGUGACGGCUACGGUCCUGACCACCGCGGCCCUGCUGCACACAACGAGCGCACUGUCCGGGCCUGCCGCCGAUACAGAGCCCGUUGCACUGCCACUGCAGGGCACUUCCACGCCCACAGUCCCGCCUACGCAGCACUUACUGAAUGCCACACAACUGGCGGCCACGCUUUUCAACGAGAGCAGUGGCCUGCUGGACGCCGGUUCCUCUUUGGCCACACUAGCCGAGGAUGAGGACUGGCUGGACAGUGUCUUCUGGCUGUUCAAGGCAUUCGUCAUGCUGCUGAUCAUCAUAGCGGCCAUAUGCGGCAAUCUGCUUGUUAUUAUUUCUGUGAUGCGUGUUAGAAAAUUAAGAGUUAUAACGAAUUACUUUGUAGUUUCCUUAGCCAUGGCUGAUAUAAUGGUCGCUAUUAUGGCCAUGACAUUUAACUUUAGUGUGCAAGUAACUGGACGCUGGAACUUCAGCCCCUUCCUGUGCGAUUUGUGGAACAGUCUCGAUGUGUACUUCUCGACAGCGAGCAUUUUGCAUUUAUGCUGCAUAUCCGUGGAUAGAUACUAUGCGAUUGUAAAGCCGCUCAAGUAUCCGAUUAGCAUGACGAAACGCGUUGUGGGCAUUAUGCUGCUGAACACGUGGAUAUCACCGGCCCUGCUCUCGUUCCUGCCCAUCUUCAUUGGCUGGUAUACGACCGACGAGCACAAGGUGUUCGUCAAGGAGAAUCCGGAACAGUGUGCAUUUGUGGUUAACAAGUACUAUGCCAUCAUCUCGAGUUCCAUCUCAUUCUGGAUACCGUGCACCAUCAUGAUUUUCACCUACCUGGCCAUAUUCCGGGAGGCCAAUCGACAGGAGAAGCAGUUGAUGAUGCGCCACGGCAAUGCCAUGUUGAUGCACCGCCCAUCCAUGCAGCCCUCAGGUGAGGCAAUGAGCGGCUCGGGCUCGUCGAAAACAUUGACACUGCAUGAGGUCGAGCAGGAGCAUACCCCCACUAAGGACAAGCACUUAAUCAAAAUGAAGCGGGAGCACAAGGCCGCACGCACGCUGGGCAUCAUCAUGGGCACCUUCAUCCUCUGCUGGCUGCCAUUCUUCCUGUGGUACACGCUCUCCAUGACCUGCGGCCCCUGCCAGGUGCCGGAUAUUGUGGUGUCCAUACUCUUCUGGAUCGGCUACUUCAACUCCACGCUGAACCCGCUCAUCUACGCUUACUUCAAUCGCGACUUCCGAGAGGCUUUCCGCAACACGCUGCUCUGUCUCUUCUGCAACUGGUGGAAGGACCCGCACAUGCCGCUGGACAUCGACAUUCGGCGCUCGAGCCUGCGCUACGAUCAGCGGGCCAAGAGUGUCUACUCGGAGAGUUACCUCAACUCGACCACGCCCUCGCACCGCCGCCAGUCUCAGAUGGUAGACAACUUAUAAUACAGGAACGAGGCGCUCCUGACGCCGAUUUCCCAGCAGCAGCAGCGUCUGGCUGCGAGCGACUCCCGCCUGGCGGUCACAGGAGGCACUGCAGCAGCUUCAGUCGGAGCAGGGGCCGGUCAACGACCAGGUGCCGGCGGCAGCGCCAGGCCCACAUUCGACAGCAAGGGGGACGAUGUGCAGGAGAUACAGAUCGAAAUACCCAUGGAGUACAUCAACAAAUGGAACAAAAACAACAAUGCAGCUGCCUCGACGUCCUCCAGCCACGUUUAAGGGAAAUGCGAAACGGAGGAGGAAUCCAUUUAAUGCAAUUAACAUUUUCCAUUAAUUUGCAAAAUUAAUAUGCGUUGGCGUGGCCUGAUGCACUCGUAAUGUUGACAUUAAUCAAUCAUGCACUGGAGCGUGCUAUUUAAUUUCGGCCCCAACUCAGAACUCCCACAGGGUGCACUCCAUAAAUUGUUUUCCACUCGGCGUCUCCGAGAACAGAGCUGUAGGACAAUUUGUUUAUUUAUGAUUUCGUGUCGGUUAAAUCUUGUUGUAAAUACUAAAUAUUUUUGUACGACUAGAUUAAGUGAAGGUUGUAAAAUCAUUUCUAGCAGAAAUUUGUUAAACAUUACAAGAAAAAUCUAUAUUCAAAUGGCAAUCACUGCAACACACUGAGCUAUACCCGUAGGUCCAGAUCCAGAACCGAAUACGAACACCAAACUAGAAGAGCUAAUGCUAAAACUGUGCCAAUUAACACACCGCAAAACAUUUACACAUUUAUGGGAGAUAUUCAUCCUGCAUAUGCAUAAAAGGAUUUACCAUUCACCAUACAAAACUGCAAUUAAAUUCAGAGAAACCAAACAAAGUCAUGGAAGCAAAAGCAAAGCUAAAACCCAUCUUCGACAAUCGCAUGAAUUGAAAUGCUCAAAAUAAUUCGAAAAAUAUUAAAUAAAUUAAACAAAAGAUAUGCCUACAUAUAAAUUAAACAUAGCGAAAAUAUCUAGUUGUAUCAGACAUUUCUAGCGUUACCAAGUGGCAGUCGAAAUCAAAAGGAACCUCUCUAGCGAGACCCAACAUAAUAUUAACCAACAUAUAGUCAAGUGCAUCGAUAUCAGAUUAUGGGACUAAAACCAAAUUAGGUGUAUCCGUAGUUCGUUUCCGUUUCCUAUUCCGUUUGCAAGUGUUGAAAUUUGAAUGUGAAAGUGCGUGUUCGUUCCAGAGAGUGUGACGAUGAAUCAGAGGAAAUUGCGUUGCAGUUCCUGGAAUUAAGUUGACUGUGUAGCCUGGGAAGGCAAGGCUUGAGCACUGCUUCUGAAGUCAGCAACUUGAUUCCAGCAAUUGCGGCCCAAUCACAACGCUGAAUAGUGUUCCACAUACAAACAUACUAGUGCAAUAUAUAAUCGUUCGUUCCACCAACCAAAAGCAACCGGAACCGUAACCAAAAUUCGACCAUGAAAUGCAAAUGAGGCAAAUAAAGCAGACAAAGAAAGCAUUUUUGCGUACUACUUUGUGUACUCCAUAACGAGUCCAUAAAAUUAUUGUAGCAACAGUUCGGAUAACUUACCUAUUUAUGAUUUACCCUCAACGGGCCACAGAGCGGAAGGCCAAGAGCAUUUCUCAAGUUGAGCCAAAUGACAAAGAAAUAAGCAGAAACAGAGGAAAUCCGUUUAUGUAGAAAAAGAAAAAAUUGUUAAUAGUUGUCGGAAAAGCAGAAAAAUUCUUAAUCAUUUGCGAUGCUAGUCCCAGAAAAGAGAAAAUACAAUAACAAAUAAACCAAAAUGAAAGAAGAAAGAGCCAAAGCUCGCUAUGUACUGUGUGUAGGGUGUAUAAAUAAAUAUACGUCUAUAUAAAUGUUAAAUAUAUCAUAGUAAGUAUUUAUUUUACGAGUAUGUAUGACUUUCCUCAAGAAGCUGAACAGAACGCACCCCGCCCCGCCCCCCAAAAACACACAAAUCGAUUGAAUCUCCAAAGAACUUGUUAUAUUUUUAUAAACCACAGAAACCCAAAGCUAAAAAA